AUGGACAUCUUGAAAGUACUCUCGCGAGGUAUUAAACAACCUUCAAAAACCACUAAGAAUGUCGCAAAUGGCAAAGCCAACCUUCCCUCGGCCGGCAACAAAAUCAAUCCCCAGCUGUUCCACGACAAUGUGAGCACGUCGAGGGGCAGCAAGCGGAAACGACCCGACGAUGCUGAAGGCGACAACGCCGACGCCGAUGCUGACCUACCCGAGGUCGACUUCUUUGCCCCCAACUCGACUCCGUCCGAGGAAACGAAGAAUGGUGAGGCCGCUGCCUCAUCUCAACACGUCGAGGCAGCAACGACCGUCUCGUCCUCCUCUGCCACUCCUCCGACCCUCCUCAGCGAGGAGGAAUGCCGACAGCUCCUGCGAUCUCACCGCCUGAAGCUCACCCUCCUCUCCAACCGACACGUGAAAUCCAAGUCCAAAAUUACCAAGACCAAAAAGAACAAGAAGGCCAAGGUGGAGGUGGGGGUCGAGGUCAAGGACGAUCCUGUGCAGUUCUACCCCCAACCCUUGAGCAGCUUUCGCGAGCUCCGCAGCGUCUACAACAUCCCCUCCAAGUUGGCCGAGAACAUUCAACACGAGGGUUACAAGAUGCCCACCGAAGUACAGCUGGGAAGCCUGCCGCUGCUGCUACGUCCCGAGCUGGCCUUGGAGAAUGUGCCCAACAGCGAAGAGAUGGGUGACGUCUCUGCUGGAAUCGAUUUCCUCGCUAUUGCGCCCACGGGUAGUGGCAAGACCAUUAGCUUUCUCGUGCCGGCUAUCGACAGCAUACUAAGGCGGAGAGCGGCGGCGGCGGAGGAGGAGGAGGAGGAGGAGGGGGAGGAGGAGGGGGAUGAAGCCAAGGAGGGGCACCAGUUGCGGGCCAUUGUGAUGGCGCCGACGAGGGAACUCGUCUUCCAGAUCGUCAAUGAGGGAAGGAAACUGGCCUUGGGCACGGGUAUCAAGAUCUCUGGCAUGAGGAAAGGCGUCAAAUUGCCCACCGAAGAACAAGAGAAGGAGCACACGACAGAGUCGGACGAAAGUGAAGAGGACGAAGAAGAGGCGGAGGAGUCUUCGGAUGAUGAAGACGGUAAGCCCGGAGACAAGGCGUCGAGACCCGUCACCAGAGCGGAUAUCCUUGUCACCACGCCUGCGAUGCUGUAUGGCCAUCUCACCUCGGGAUCUUCAUCUUCGAAAACCCGAAAGAUCCUACCAACUGUACACUCUCUCAUCCUCGACGAGGCAGACGUUCUCCUAGACCCAAUAUUCCGCGAGCAGACCCUCGGCGUCUGGUCAGCCUGCACGAACCCCAACCUGCGGGCCUCCUUUUGGUCGGCCACCAUGUCCUCCACCAUCGAGAGUCUCCUCAAGGAAACGCUGGCCUCAAGGUCGGCGUCCACGUCGACCCGGAUCCCCCUGGUCCGCCUCGUCGUCGGCCUCAAGGACACCGCCGUACCCAACAUCACCCACAAGCUGACCUACACGGCUUCGGAGCAAGGCAAGCUGCUAGCCCUGCGCCAGCUCCUCCGCCCCACCACUGCCGACGACUCGGGCCCUCCUCUCCGCCCCCCCUUCCUCGUCUUCACCCAGACCAUCGACCGCGCCUCCGCCCUGCACGAGGAACUCAAAUACGACAUCCCCCUCGCCGCCGGCGGCCCCACCCGCAUCGCCGCCCUGCACAGCGGCCUCUCCGACGCCGAACGCGCCGGCAUCAUGCGCCGCUUCCGCGCCGGCGACAUCUGGGUCCUGAUCACCACCGACGUGCUCGCCCGCGGCGUCGACUUCGCCGGCGUCAACGGCAUAGUCAACUACGACAUCCCCGGCUCCACCGCCGCCUACGUCCACCGCGCCGGCCGCACCGGUCGCGCCGGCCGCGAGGGCGGGCUCGCCGUCACCUUCUACACCAAGGACGACAUCCCCUUCGUCAAGACCGUCGCCAACGUCAUCGCCCUCAGCGAGCGCCAGGCCGGCAAGAAGGGCGACGACGCCGCCGUCCAGAAGUGGCUCCUCGACGCCCUCCCCGACGUCAACAAGGACGACCGCAAGCGCCUCAGGGAGCGCGGCGUCGAGUCCCGCCGCUCCGGCGGCGCCCAUGCCAAGGUCACAUCGCAGAGCGGCUGGGAGCGCCAGAAGGAGAAUAACCGCAAGGGCGCCGUCGAGGCGAGCAAGAAGCGGAAGAAGCAGGAGCGGCAA